AUGGCCAAGGACGCGGCCCUCGAUGCAAAGUUCGCAGCGAAAACACGCCUGACAUCGGUCGCUCAGGAGGCAACGAACAUUGCGAAGCAGAUGGCGGAACCGGUGGGGGCAGUCAAGGACAAGGCGAAAUCUGUCAGUGAUUUCGUGGGCGAUAAUGCGCAAGCUCUUAAGCAAAAAGGCAAGCAGGCUUUUGUAGUCUCUGGUAUGAAGGCGAAAGAUGCUGCCCCACAAACACCAUUAAUUGAUUCAGCGAGCAGCGCCGGAAGGCAAUUAAAGGAUUCAAUGGACAGUGUGGCUGACACUGUCAAGCAUGUGACUCCAAAAGCUGCAUUGAGUCCUCCAGGCAGUGGUGAUCUCAUGAGCGAUGAAUUCAAAAGCAUCGGCGAGGAUGCGAUAAUGUACGGUCGAGAGCUAACUGGCCAGACACCGAAAGAAGCUGCCGAGGAUGUGGCAAGAGUUGUUAGAAGUGAGGAUGCCGCUAAACCAGUACAAAUGGGGAAGCACAGAAGCAAUUAA